ACAGCAAAGGGCAUUAGAGAGGUUGUGGGGAUGUACGGGAGGCAUGAGAGUACCAAGCAGCAUGGGAGCGGGGGAAGAAGGGCGGUACUGUGGCUCCUUCUACCUCCUCUUCUAGUCCUCAUUGUGCUCAAGACUAAUUUCCUGCCAGAGGCUGCACGCAUAAGGGAGUCCGGAUUUACAAGAUUCAAAGAUGAAAUGGUUAGCAAGGUCUCAUCCCUAGGUUUGGACAGUGCAAGAUGGCAGCAAAAAUCACUCGACACUGAGAAGCCAGAAUCUGCAAAAGAUCAGUAUAAUAAUCAACAAAACGAAAUCCUCGCCACCAACGGGGCAAAAGAUGCUUCUCUGAUAAACUCAGAUGUGGAAGCACCAGCAUUGAGCAAGCUAACCUGCAACUUCAGUAACCGUCACUCCGACUACUGCACAAUGGAAGGCGACUUGCGCAUCCACGGCAAAUCUGCUUCGGUCUAUGUCGUCGCGUCGUCCACCCACCGGCCUGAGAAUUCCACGAUCACGGUCCGCCCGUACACGCGCAAGUGGGAGCCAGGGACCAUGGCGAGGAUUCGGGAGGUCAGCCUGCGCUCCACGCCGCCAGCCUUCAGUUUCGUUAUCCCGCCCAAGUGCACGGUUAGGCACGACGUGCCGGCGGUGAUCUUCUCCACCGGCGGCUGCGGCAAGAACUUCUUCCACGCCAUGAGCGACCUCAUCGUCCCACUCUACAUCACAGCCCAUGAGUACAACGGCCGCGUCCAGCUGCUCAUCACCGACUACAAUGCCGACUGGGUGGCCAAGUUCAGGCCGAUCCUCGCCGCACUGUCCGCUUACCCGGUCAUCGACUUCGACGCCGACACCGCCGUGCGGUGCUUCCCGGCGGCGCGUGUGGGGCUGGAGAGCCACAGGAUACUUGGCAUCGACCCGGCUCGCUCCCGCAACGGUUACACGAUGAGGGGGUUCCGGGACUUUCUCCGUUCCGUCCUCUCCCUGCAGCGGGCUUGGUCGACACCCGUAAGCCGGAGCUCCGGGCAGAAGCCCCGGCUCGUCUUCGCUCUGCGGCGCCACUCCAGGGCAGUGACGAACGAAGCCGACGCCGUCGCCGCGCUUGCGGAUGUCGGCUUCGAGGUGGUCGCCGCGGGGCCGGAGGACGUGAGCGACAUGGCCGGGUUCGCGGCGGUGGUGAACUCGUGCGACGUGAUCGUGGGCGUGCACGGCGCCGGGCUGACCAACAUGGUGUUCCUGCCUCACAACGGCACGGCGGUGCAGAUCAUCCCGUGGGGGAACCUCAAGUACCCGUGCCGGUUCGACUUCGGCGACCCGGUGCCGGACAUGGGGCUCCGGUACGAGGAGUACGAGGCGACCGCGGAGGAGACGACGCUCAAGGACAAGUACCCCCGGGACCACCCUGUGUUUGCGGACCCGCUCUCAAUAGAGCGUAACGGUAAAGUUUGGGAGGUGUUCCUGGAGGGCCAGAAUGUGACCUUGGACAUCGACAGGUUCAGAGGGGCAAUGCAGCAAAUUUACCAGUCCAUCACCACGGAGUAGCGUAGCUCGAGGCAUCAAGUAGUGGUUGACAGCGAUGGAUCGGUGUGCAAUUUCUCUUCUUUUUGUUAUUUUGGUUUUUCUCUUUAUCAAAAAAAAACUUCUACUA